GUUAUGCCAACCCAGUAGUGCAGCGAUCACGGCUUCUGUCUUUAAUUCAACACGUUUUUAUCAUGGAUUUUACUGGUAUUCUUGAUUCUCUGGAGGACCUGGGAUACCAGGGUCCACUCCUAGAGGAUGGCGCUCUUGAGACAGCUGUGAAUGGUGGGGCUGUGUCUCCAGAGUUCACUAAACUGUGCUCCUGGCUUGUGUCUGAGUUGAAGCUCUAUUGCAAACUAGAGGAGAACGUUCAUGCAACCAACUGUCCGAGCGAAUCUGAGGGGUUUCAGCUGGAGAUGAGUGGUCUUUUAGCUGAGAUGUCCUGUCCAUAUCCUGCGCUCAUCACUGGAGACGUAACCAAGCGUUUGCUGAAUGCAAACAACUGUCUGUUACUGCUAGGCUUCCUGAUCUCAGAGCUGGAGGCCUCCAGGAUGAUCUUGGUAAGCCAGCCCCAGAAGAGGGUGCAGGAGACGGGGGGCAGUAAAGUCUUCGUGGAGCUGAAAGGCAUCUGUAUGGCUCUGGGCAUGUCCAAACCUCCUGCCAACAUAACUAUGUUCCAGUUCUUCAGUGGCAUUGAGAAAAAGCUGAAGGAAGCUUUGUCCAAAGUCCCUCCAUCUCAUAUAGGGGAGCCUUUACUGAAGAAACCACUGGGACCUAUUCAUUGUGAGAAAAUUGAAGCAAUAAACCAAACACUUGUGAAUGAGUAUGAAGUCAGAAGGAAAAUGUUGUUGAAACGACUGGAUGUGACAGUGCAGUCUUUUGGCUGGUCAGAAAGAGCAAAGACACGUGCUGAGAGGCUUACUAAAGUGUACCAGCCUCUUCGUACGGCACUAGCCACUAAGACCAGGGUGUCCGUGGCUCACCUGUUUGCUGCUAGACAAGAUUUAUCAAAGAUUCUGCAAACCAGCAGUGGUCACAUCAGAGAGAAAACAGCUUGUGCGAUUAACAAGGUCUUGAUGGGUCGCGUGCCUGAUCGAGGAGGCAGACCAAAUGAGAUUGAACCCCCACCUCCAGAGAUGCCCACAUGGCAGAAACGCCAAGAUGGUCCACAAGGGGGCGGCGGAGGGCAGCACUACUCUGGUGGUGGUGGGGGAAGAGGUGGAGGACGGGGUGGCUAUGAUCAGCAGCAGGGAGGCCGGGGAGGCCAUGAGAGAGGCGGAGCGAGGGGUGGGAGAGGAGACCACCGUGGGGGUAAAGUUCAGGGGGGCUGGCAGGAAAGCUCUGGUGGAGGCGGAUACCAGGUUCAUUACCAGGAUGGUGGACAUCGAGGAGGUUACGGAGGUGGAGGAAGUGGCAGCUACCAUGGAGGGCAACAGGGAUCAGGAUACCAAGGGGGAGGCUACCAAGGAGGCCAACAAGGACUGGGGUACUCAGGAGGAGGUUACCAAGGUGGCGGAGGGUAUCAGGGCGGAGGUGGGGGUUACCAGAACGAGGGAUAUUUUCAGGAUGCAGGGCGACACCAGGAGAGAAGUGGUAGGGGGGGUCGUGGAGGUAGAGGGAGAGGAGGAGGAAGAGGAGGUGGGCAGGGAGGGGGAUGGAGUGGAAGAGCAGGGCAGAAUUUUAACCAAGGAGGGCAGUUUGAGCAGUUCUUUCAGCAAGGUGGGCACCAGUAUAACCAGGCGGGCUUUGGGCAAGGAAGACAAUAUACUAGUUGAAAGACAGAGACAGUUUCUGCCAACUACGGGUUCAGAGAGGACACAAUUCUCUGAGGGCACGAGACGAGAUGCAGGCCUUGAGAUUCCUGACGAAUGGACAGGCAUGACAUCCCAUUUUCACCUGGUGCCUAAGGGGUCUGCUUUACUGAGAUCUCCUUGGAAUGAACAUAAUGUGCUUUUUUGCAUGUGUACGGUUCAUGGUCUACACGGUUACGCUUCCAACAGACCAUUUAAAUUACUUCACUUAUUUUGAAGUGCGCGAUUGGGUUGCCAAAUAACUCCCAGGGUAAACUUUGUGUUUCUGGGUUUGUGUUCAUCUUCCUCCAUUUGGUAGUUUACAUCGAUUCAGUCUACUGCCUCUUCGUCGCUGCUCUGACUCUGAAUCUGAUAAAGCCUUAUACUAAACAUUAUAGAGAAGUUAUUGAAACAUUUUGUUUGGCUAUUUUCUAGUUUUAUUUAUGGAAGCGGUUCUUUAUGACAUCAUUAAUGUUAUAGAUUUUUCUGUUUAUUAGUUCUCAAUGUCAAUCCUGUUAUUUAAACCAUCAGCACUUGAAUAUUUUAUUUCCUUUCCAAGUGGGAUGUGUUUGUUUAUAAAUGCCAGAUAUUAACAGUUAACCAGCUUGGGUGUUUUCACCAGGUUUGGAAGUAUGGAAAGCCAUACAGCAUUUGAAAGACAUGAAUUUAGAAGUUUUCUGCUGAUUUGGGAAAGAGUGACAGAUCACUUUAAAGGUUUUUGGAUGAUCAAAUAAACCAUAAAAAAAAGUGCUCACUGUUGUAGUGAUGAAUAUUACUAUGAUGUUUUAACAUUAGUAUGGUGUUAUUCACGCUGUGGUGAAACUUGGCAUAGGCACUUAGGGUGGCAGUAGGGUGGCAUGUUCUCUGGGGUGCCACGGGAUCAGUGUUGGUAAGAAACGAUAGCUACUAACUUGACAUUAAACAGAACCAUCAUAGCAGUUCAGCUACAUAGUUUUACAAAAGUCUAGUUUUUCAGACAAUAAGCUAUCUUUCCAUCUCUCUCAUGGGAAUUCCAAAACAAUUAAGUGUAUCGGUUCAUUCUGACUGUUCAUGUAAAUGAACAGAUUAAAAUAAAGAUUCACUUGUAUGUACUGUUGGAAAUUCUAAAUAAUUGUAGUCAAUUGGUUCGUUUCGAUGGUUGUAAUAAACUAGCUCAAGUAAACAAUUUACAGAUUCACUUCAGCCACUGUGGAAGCAAUGUCCCUUUCCAAGAAAUUCAGUCCUCUUUGGAACACUCCUGGGAGCAAUUUUCUAUGUUAACAAGCAGCAUAAAAAAACAGCUCCUAUCUACCUAAAUGGGGAAAGACUAAAAUCUCCAAAGCGGUUGGCCAGGAUUACAAUCAAAGAACAUAUUUGAAAUCAGCAGUUAAAUCUGACAACAUUGGCAUCAUAAAUUGUGCUUCUAUAGCUCAGAUGACACUAAAAAAACUCUAUUUGUUAGGCUGGUCUAGCUAAUGCACAUGUGCGUUCUUGAGUUGACUGACAGGUAACAUCUUUAUCUAAAAGGUUAUUUGGCUCUUUUACAUCUAAGGCAGGACUUCCUUUUCUGCAUCUACUAUAUUGGGUGUUCCAAUUUCUCCCAUUUAUUUUAACACAAGUGGUUUGUCUUGGGCUAUGUGGUCUUUGGUAGAAGUACGUUUUUGGAGCUGUUUAUCACUGUUUUCGACAAAUUAGUGGAUUUUAUUAAUUCUCUGUAGUAUAAAUAAAUGUAAUCAAUUAAGUAUUUUUUAUUUGGUAUGGAUUUAAUGGUUACAUUUAAUGUUGCCACCCUUUUUAAAUGAAUAUUCUAAGUAAAAGAAAUGGCUGGUUCAAUACAAGUUAAGCUCAAUUGAUUACUACAAAAUGUAUUUCAACUCGUCCCUCCUUUUCUUUACAUUUGUCAUUUUUUUUUUUUAAAUGUCAACAAAACCUAAAAUCCUUAAACAACUGUAAAAAAUAUGAUUUAAACAACUUUACAGCUCAAAUAAUACACCAUUUUAAUUUUUUUUAUAUAAAUGUAAGUGCUUUUAUAAAAUUAUAAGCUUCACAUUUCUGCUUUUAAACCCUCCAAAAAUUAGCCCCAUUCACUUCCAUUGUAAGUGUCUCACUGUAACCUUGAUUUUUGCUUUUUUAAAGAAAAGAUAGGAUGGGUUUAAAUUAAUUGUUGUGAUAAUCAACAUUAUGCCACAAAUGCUGUCAAUUGAUCUUAACUUGUGUUGAACCCGGAAUAUUUCUUUAAACUCAAUUGACAGCAUUGUGAAAUAAUGUUGAUUACUACAAAAAAUUUGACCUUUAAAAAAAAACAAAAAACAAAAAAAAAAACAAAUCUGGGUUAAAGUGAGGCCAAUCUGUAAACAUUAAAAUACUCUAGCCACAAUUUUUAAACAAUAUGAUUGUUAACGUGAUUUUAGUAUGAUAUAACUUCUUACUAAACCUUUCUGUGUAAUGUUAUAUCCAAUUUUUCUAUUUCAUUGCUAUGACAAUGUGACACCAUAAACCCUAUUGUACCAGUACAUGACGACAUUACAGCUAAGGUAAUACAUAGGCCUAAGUCUUAACAGAAGAAUUAAUGUAAGAGCUUUUAUAAAAUUAUAAGCUUAACAUUUCUGCCUUUUAAUUCCUCCAAAAAUUCCAUUGUAGCUUAAGUGGCUCAUUGUAACCUAAAUUUUUGCUGUUUUUAAAGAAAAGGAGGGACGAGUCCAAAUAAUUUUUGUGGUAAUCAACAUUAUGGCACAAAUGCUGUCGAUUGAGCUUAACUUGUAAAAAAACUUUGUACGGAAUAUUCCUUUAAUGUCACCAGUUGUCAUUGUUUAUUUGCCAGAUACACUGAGUAGAAGUAAUAUAUAUCAGUUGUAUAGUUAUAUCUUAUUACAAACAUUUUGUUGUCUUUAGGUAUGUUAGAGGCCAGGGGGUUCUUUAGCUGUGUAUGAAAUUACUUAGACAUAGUAUUUUACGUGUGGUUGAUAAAUAUACAGUAUGUCCACAUGAGGGCGAUGUACAUCAACAAAAUGUAUGUGGUGCUAAUGAUUUGUUCAAAGAGUAGCAGAAUGAUCAGAGUUUAUUUGCAGUCAUUUGGAAACAAGAGUUUAAAUCAGAUAUUGUAUUGAUUUUGUAAGACUGACAAUUAAAGUUUUGAAUAGCUUAGUCUGUGCAAGGUUAGUGUGUUUAUUAAUAGGUUUUCCCAUUAACAGAAAAGGGAAGAUUGGAGUGCAUUGGAGAAAUUAUGAGACAUAUUUGUACAAGUGAAGUUCUUCAAAGACAUCAUUCCAGUUAAAGCAGAUUAUAAACCUCUAAAUCUAAAUCCAAAUAUUCUAAAAAAUACACUAUAAAUAAUUUUAAAAUAAUCAUUGAACAUUUACAUUUCUGUCAGAAUUGAUAGAUACACUUUUUUCAAGCUAAAUUACGUAAGUAAAUAAAAUAUCCUCCUAAAUAAUCCAGUCAGUAAAAGUCCCUUGAUGUUUAAUAUUCAGUUUUGUGGGUCAAGCUUAUUUUCACUGGCACCCCUGAGACCCUGAGAUGACCUGCUCACUGCACAGACAACCCGAUUUCAUCCUUAGAAACAUAAAUUAGCAUGCUUAAAAUUUUGUAGAUAUAUUGAAGUUCAAAAUAAGAAGCAAGAACCACCUUGUGAAUAUGAAGAAAGAUAUUGUCUCAAAAUUCAAAAUUACUUUGAAAUGUCAAAUGGAAAAGGUUGAGAUUCAGUCUUUUUUUUUUUUCUUAUAACAGUAGAAAAAUAAACAUUUCCUCAGGUAGACCACACAUGAACCACAAACAUGAUCAGAAACAUUCAUCUCAUUACAGUCAAUACAAGGUUCGACUUUUUAUGAUUCAACAACAGUCAUCAUUUUUUAUGUCUGUUUUUCACAUUUUAUAAUGUAAAAAAUGUUUGUCAUAAAAUUCUGGUGAUCCAUUUGUCAGUGCUUGUCAUACCCCAUGCAUCAAAUAAUAUGUGUGCUCAGUGGUUAAGUCUAUGAGAUUUAGAACCUACCUAUAUAAGGUUCUGGAAUGCCAGGGCUCUGGGAAUCAUAAGCCAGUCAUGAAACCGUGAGUGUUAAUAUUGUGACCCCAAAAUCACAUUACAUCUCUACUAAAUCCAUAACUGACAAAUGCAUCUAAUCCUAUGGGCUUAAAAACCACAGUUUUUCGUAUUUGAUAUACCUGUAUGGUUACUGACUCUUUCUCACAUACUGUACAUUAUCUGCAGAGACGAUCAUAUCAGGCCUGUCCCGUCUGAGCUUUUCUGUGUCUCACUGAGCUGAGAUGUCUGUCUGACCUUCCCCAGGGGAUCUGGGUGUAAAACUCAUUUCAGAACAUAUGGUGCUGAAGGACGCUGAACUCUGUGUUGCCUUGACGAUGGACUAGCCGCCCAACUAAAUCGUCUGAUGCU